AUUAGAAUAUCUUAUGAUUUGGAUAGGUGAGAAUUUGAAUGAAUUAAUUGAAUUAUUUAAAGGAUGUAAACAAUUGAGAGGAUUAGUAUUACAAUUUAUUUGGACCAUCAUCUUAAAAAGAAAAAACGUUGAUGAAUUAUUAGAAUUAAUUUGUGAUAAUGCUUCGAAACAAUUAAGAAAAUUUAAAAUGAUAAGUGAUUGGGAAAUUUCUAGAGAUGCUUUAGAAAGAUUUUUAGAUAAUUGGAAAAAACAAAAGAGGAAUUCAUUGGAUCUUUGUAUUACUAAAUCAUUAAUUCCUAAUAAAGGGAAAAAUUAUUAUGAUGAUAUUAUUAGUAAACAUAAAGAAACGGGAGUAAUAAGGAACUUUGAAUAUGAGGAAUAUAUUGAUUUUGAUGCAUGUAUUGAUGAAAAUUUUUUAGAAGAUUGGUGGUGAGGAGAUCUGUGAGUGAGGACGAAGAGGAGAGAGGAGGGUAAAUAAGAGGUUGAGUGUGAAUAAGAGAUUGAGUGCGAAUAAGAGGUUGAGUGCGAAUAAGAGGUUGAGUGCGAAUAAGAGGUUGAGUGCAAAUAAGUGGUUGAGUGUGAAUAAGAGGUUGAG